AUGGACGAUAAGCGCAUUCUCUCUGAUGAUCAGGUAAAAGUUGCGUUUGAAGCAUUUCGUGAAAAAUUUAUAGAAAUUCGAAGUCAAGCUUUAUUGCUCUUUGGCUUUAAGUCUCGUGCAAAAGAAAUAUCAGAUCUUAAAUCAGCUAUAAAAGCAAUUAAUGCAAUUGUUGGCAAUUGGUGCGGUUAUACUAUAAAUAGUGAACGAAAAUUGAUAGGACCUAAAGAAAAAAGAGUUUGGAAAUAUUCAUAUCAAAUUAACCGAAAGUUAUAUAAAGGACGUGGUUUCAAUAAUCAAGAAGAAGUAAUGACUAAUAAGUUAAAUAAUCCUGAAUAUCGCUCUAAAGUCCCAGUUCUUCCAUCAUAUAAGUCAAAGGUGAAUGAUAAGAUUCAGGACUUUUUCGAUUCUAUACCUAUUACUAACAAUACUGUUUUAGAAUAUGCUGAGUGUGAAAUUUCUAAUUCAUCUAGUAAUGCGAUUGAUGAAAAAGAUUUACCUUUAAAAAUGCCAGCCCAUAUUCAAUCUACUGAUCUUUCCCAAGAUAUAUAUCAUGUCGAUACUACUAUUUCCGAAGGAGACACAGUUGAGAAAAAGAUAUCUGAAUCCUUAGACACGAUAUACCCGCCUCUGACAAUUUCUCUAUCUUCAGAAUUUCUCAUUAAAAAUGAAUUUGAUAUAGAUAUACUUAUCCUUCUAUUACAGCAAAAAUUUCAAAUAUCUCAAGAAAGGUUAGAACAAUGGAAAACCAAGAUUGCCUUUGAAUUUCGGGAUAAUAUUAAUUACUGA